AUGGGAAGAAGAGUGUAUCCCCGUACCGUUGUGGAAAAGGCCCCGAGCCACGACGGCAUGCCCUGCUUCGCGGCCUGGGAGAUGACGGAAAUGGACCCGGACACUCAGACGCCUCCGGACGCAUCCAACCGACCCAAGUGGUCCAUCCAGCUCUACGACACCACACCCGCAGCCAGCGACCACGAGCACGUCAGAGCUACAGCAAUUAAAGUCGAGGAGUCUACGCGUCAGGCCCGUGACAGGCGUGGGGCAUCUAACCGCGUUGAGGUUCACGGCCUCCCGCUCCCCGCCGGUACGCCCGAGGCCGAGCGCGUGGCGCUGUGCGCGGCACACCAUCGCGCCGAGGUCGCCGCCCGAAACGCCUCCGGGGCGCCCGACUUCUUCAUCCCCCCGACCUUCGACGACGUGUGGGAGCACCGCAUCGUCGUCAUCGAAAAUCCCGACGCCGGAGAGGCGAGCCCCUCUGAGACGGAUGACAAGGACGGCACUUUUCUUGCCGUUUUUUUCAGCAUGAAACCCCAGGCUGCGGCCGAUAGCCCCGGCGGACCUGACUACGAAGUUGUGCGAUUCUCAGGCAAGGAUCUGGGCGACAGGCUGCAGGACUUCACUAGCUCGAUCGCGUGGUUCUACGACUCGUACGUUGGAGACGGUACAAUAUACCACGACCUGGAGAAGUGGCGACGAGAGGCCUAG